AAAAAGUUUUGUUUCAAUGCUUUAAUUUUGUUGUAUUCAUUUGAUACUGAGAAAAGCUCCCAAAAAGAAAGCCUUCAGAGAAUGUCGAAACAAAUUGUAAUCAGUUUCAGCCUUUUGGUUAUUCAUGUUCUGAGUUUUAUGGCUUCUGCAGCCAACUUUAGUGAUCUCUUUAUUCCAGUUUGGGGAUCAGAUCAUAUUGUCACUCAAGAAAACCAAACUUCACUAUAUCUUGAUCAAUCCUCAGGUUGUGGAUUCGUGUCGAAGAGUAAAUAUUUGUUCGGCAAAACCACUGCACAGAUUAAACUAGUUGAAGGUGACUCUGCUGGAACUAUCACAGCAUUCUAUUUGUCAUCGGAGGAGCCUUACCACGACGAGCUAGACUUCGAAUUUCUUGGGAAUGUUUCCGGCCAACCUUACCUUAUACAAACCAAUGUGUUUGUCAAUGGCACAGGAAAUAGAGAACAAAGGCAUAAGCUAUGGUUUGAUCCAACCAUUGGCUUUCACAACUACACUUUCUUCUGGAAUCACCAAUAUAUCUUAUUCCAAGUUGAUGACAUCCCAAUAAGAAUGUACACAAAUGAGGAAUCAAAAGGUGCUCCAUUUCCAAAAAGUAGGGCUAUGGACAUCCAUGGAUCAUUGUGGAAUGGUGAAGAUUGGGCUACACAAGGAGGAGCUAUAAAGACUAAUUGGAGUAAUGCACCAUUUGUUGCAAAAUUUGGUUCAUUCGAGGUUGAUUCAUGUGCAAUGGCAGCUGAGACGCAAUUUGAUGUAUUAAAAUGUGGGAAGAAAGGAAAAUUUUGGUGGGAUAAGUCAACAUAUAAGAAGUUGGACAAGAAACAGCAGGCUAAGCUCAAAUGGGCACAAACCAAUCUUUUAGAAUACGAUUAUUGUAAAGAUACGGCUCGGUUUGGUAAUCAGAUGCCGAAAGAAUGCCCAAAGAAGUCCACUAAAACUAAAUAAAUUGCCAGUUCAUGAAAUGAGCAAAUCUUUAUUUGUAUAUGUAUUUCAUCCAUGUAAUUAAUUAUAUCAUAAUUUACAUUUUUUUUUGUUAAUAAAUUAGGCCUGUUUUGGGUUAG